AUGGCGUCCCUCUCCGCGACGGUGGCCACCAAAGGUCAGCUUGCCCACGUCGCCUUCAGCAGCGACGCCUCCCACCUCGUCGCGUGCACGAGCAGCGGGCUGCGCGUCUUCUCCUGCGACAAGUUGGUCGAGCUCGUCUUCUACAGACGCAACGGCACCGGCGACGAGGUGACCUGCGCCGAGCUGCUCACGGAGUCCAACCUGGCCGCCGUGAUCCGGAGCCCGAACGACACCGACGGCGCCGCCGACGUAUACGGGGUCCGCUUUAUGGAGUGGCGACGCGAAGAAGGCGACGGCGCUGGUUGUCAACGGCGUCGCGGACAGAAACAGAGACAGACUUCGGUGGCCACGAAGACGCUGGAUACCCCCGGCCUCGGCGCCGUGGGCGGGCUCCGCCUUCUCGGUGACCACAUGCUCGUCGCCGGCGAGAAGAAGGCGGUGCUGGUUGUCAACGGCGACGGAGAUCCCCAGGAUAAGGAGGAGAGGACGACGGGGCCUAACCCGCUGGGGCUGUGCGCGCUGGCGACCGACCAGAAGACGCUCGUGUACGCGCUGCCGCGGGAGGAGAAGGGCGCCGUGCAGGUGUGCCGGAGCGGCUGUCCCGACACCGUCGACGUGCACGCGCACGAUUCCAGCGUCGCGUGCAUCGCGCUGUCCCCCGACGGCCGACUGCUCGCCACCGCCGGCAGCAAGGGCACGCUCGUGCGCAUCUUCAGCGCCGAUGACGGUUCCAAGCUACAAGAGGUUCGUUACGUUUAA